GAAUUUUGGUUCCAGUCUCUGCUCCUAGACCUGCUUUUAAUUUUUAAGAUCUAGCUUUGUGAGUUUGUCUUACGACGCAAAUUCUCAAGCACGCCACAAGCAGAAGUGAGGAGGCAACAAUGGAGCCAUACCCGAAGACCAGCUCCUCUGAAGAGGAUAUCUUCACGGAUCAUUACCUGAUCCUCAAGACCCUUGGCCAAGGCAGCUUUGCUGAGGUCAAACUGGCCCUCCACCGCCACACAGCGGUGCCGGUUGCUGUCAAGUUCCUGGAGAAGGAUGAGGACAAUGCCUUCGAGGUCAUGUCUGAAGUAGGUAUCGUUAAGGCAUUGGAUCACCCAAACAUUAUCAAACUCUUCCACGUCAUCAAAACUAGAAAACAGAGCUAUUUGGUGAUGGAACAUGCUGAUGGGGGAGAUCUGGCAGACUAUUUGGAGAAGGUGGGCCGUCUACAAGCGGAGGAAGCCCGCCCCAUCUUCACACAGAUGGCAUGUGCAGUUGAAUACUGCCAUGAGAACGGCAUUGUACACAGGGAUAUUAAAGUAGAAAACAUACCUUUGGAUGACAAAGAACACUUCAAACAGUGUGACUUUGGCCUAGCCGUGAAAGUCACGGCUGGCCAGAAAUUUAAAGGCUCCAACAGACCAGCCUGA